CCCAAAAUUUUGGACGAAGUAAGAAACGUUUCGUCGCCGUUAUCAAACUCUCGCCGAUAAACCGCCGUCAUGACCUCCGUCACGCUCUCUCUUCCCCCCACUGCCGCCCCCACGCGCCUCCGCACAAUCAAGCCUCGACUCGCUUCCCUCUACCAACCUCUCCGCGAAUCCUAUUCCUUCCCGCGCCUCUCACUCCACCGCCUCCCUAACCUCACCGCCGCCUCCGCCUACGUGUCCGGACCCGGCUCCGACCCGAUUGUGACCGAGCCCGACCCGAAAUUCGACGAGCCGGAGUCAAAGGUCCAGCCGCCGAGUGUGAUUGGCUGGGGGCUGCUCUGGAGCCUUCUGCUCAAGCACAAGCUCCGACUGGCAAUUUCCGCUUUUGCCCUCGUCGGCUGCAGCGCUUGCACUCUUUCAAUGCCGAUAUUUUCAGGACGGUUUUUCGAAGUUCUGAUAGGGAAGAGAACAGAGCCAUUGUGGAAAUUGCUGAGUAAAGUCGGAGUUUUGUAUGCUUUGGAGCCGAUUUUAACCGUUGUUUUCGUUGUUAAUAUGAACACUGUAUGGGAAAAGGUCAUGUCCGCGCUUCGAGCUCAGAUUUUCGGCAGGGUUUUGAUUCAGAAGGUCGAGUUUUUUGACCGUUACAAGGUUGGUGAAUUGACGGGAUUGUUAACGUCUGAUUUGGGUUCUCUUAAAAAUGUUGUGAGCGAAAACAUUUCAAGGGACCGCGGAUUCAGGGCACUUACUGAGGUUACUGGAACAUUGUGCAUACUCUUUGUUUUGGCUCCCCAACUUGCACCAAUCCUUGGCCUUCUGAUGCUCACCGUGUCUGUUUUAGUUGCUUUGUACAAGAGAUCAACUGUGCCUGUUUUCAAGGCGCAUGGAAUGGCUCAAGCAUUCAUAUCUGAUUGUGUGACGGAAACUUUUUCUGCCAUACGUACUGUAAGAUCCUUUGGUGGGGAAAAGCGCCAAAUGCUAAUGUUUGGUAAACAGGUGCUUGCUUACCAGAGCAGUGGCAUAAAGCUUGGGGUCUUCAAAUCCAUUAACGAAUCGUUGACUAGAGUUGUUGUGUAUAUAUCUCUAUUGGCCUUAUAUUCUCUUGGAGGAAGCAAAGUGAAGGCGGGUGAACUCUCUGUUGGAACUGUGGCUUCUUUCAUUGGUUAUACUUUCACAUUAACAUUCGCCGUUCAAGGCCUGGUUAACACAUUUGGAGAUCUUCGUGGAACUUUUGCUGCAGUGGAGAGGAUUAACUCUGUUUUAUCUGGGGUAGAAAUUGAUGAAGCCCUUGCUUAUGGCUUAGAAAGGGAAAUGCAACAAAAGAAAGUACUUGAUGAAGAUUACAGAUUGUUUCUCAUUGAUGGUUCCAAUGAGAAAAACCAGUCAGUAAAUACGCAUUACAUGUCAGCUCUGAAAUCAGCCAGCAAUGUUGGACGCUUAGCUUGGUCUGGCAAUGUUUGUCUCGAAGAUGUGCAUUUCUCUUAUCCUUUGAGACCUGAUGUAGAAAUUCUGAAUGGUCUAAAUCUAACGCUAAAGUGUGGAACUGUAACUGCUCUGGUUGGUUCAAGCGGUGCUGGAAAAAGUACUGUUGUACAGCUAUUGGCACGUUUCUAUGAGCCAACUUCAGGUCGUAUAACAGUUGGAGGAGAGGAUGUUAGAACAUUUGACAAGAGUGAAUGGGCACGAGUCGUCUCUCUAGUGAACCAAGAACCUGUUCUUUUUUCGGUAUCAGUUGGAGAAAAUAUUGCAUAUGGGCUUCCAGAUGAUCAUGUAUCCAAAGAUGACAUAAUAAAGGCUGCAAAAGCUGCAAAUGCUCAUGAAUUCAUAAUUUCACUUCCACAGGGUUAUGACACACUGGUUGGUGAACGUGGAGGUCUACUUAGUGGAGGCCAGAGACAGAGAAUCGCAAUUGCAAGAGCUCUGCUUAAGAAUUCCCCAAUCCUUAUACUUGAUGAGGCCACCAGUGCAUUGGAUGCAGUUAGUGAGCGCCUAGUCCAGGAUGCAUUGAAUCAUCUGAUGAAACAGCGGACAACGUUGGUGAUUGCUCACCGGUUAAGCACGGUUCAAAAUGCCCAUCAAAUUGCAUUGUGUUCCGAGGGGAAGAUAGCUGAACUAGGGACGCACUCCGAACUAUUGGCCAAGAAAGGUCAAUAUGCUUCAUUGGUUGGCACUCAGAGACUUGCAUUCGAGUGACUCAACGCAGAAAAACGAUUUGCUGUAAAUUGUUUUCAUGAGCAGUUUUCUUACCCUAUAUGAAGCAGUCAAACCCAGCUAUACGUUAAAUGUACAUUAUAUACUGUGGUUACCAUUAUACAAGAAUCAGAAAUAAAAUUUUGUACCUUCCGCACAUUAAAAGAACCUAUUGAUGCCAAAUCUUGUAAACAUUGACUCACACAUGAGGACUCCUGCCUAUGAAAGGGAAACUUAGGCCACUGCACAAAACAGUCGUGGGCUAAUAUUAGAUACAUGUGACAUAUUUGUUAUCGGUGUUG